AUGCGCGACUGCCGAGCGUUUUCCUGGGGCGAUAAGCGGCGAUACGGAGUCUGUGGGCGCGCUGACAACGGGCGUGGUUGGACUCGCGGCAGCGAUAGCGCGUGCAUCGGCCCCCGGCUAGCCGCCGCUACCCGCGGGCCAGUGCGACGGCAGCGGCCAGCGGGCAGCAUGUAUCAGCACGAGCACCACGGCCCGCACGCGCCGCUCGGCCGCCAGCAGUCGGCCGCGGACCUGCUCGCCUACCGACGCUUCUCACCCACCAAGUUCGCCAAGUCUGUCGUCGGCGUCCUCAAGAUCGUCAUCACCGUGCUGUUCCUGGUGGCGGCCGUGGUGUUCCUGUCCUCGGAGGUGUGCCCGCGCGCCCCGGACUGGUACGUCUGGCUGUACCCCACGGCCGCCUUCCUGACUGCGGCGCUCACCAUCUGCACGUACAUCUUCUACGUGCUGGGCGUCGCCGAGGACGAACCCGACCACUGGGUCCGGGCGGACCUGACCCUGAUCGCAUUGGAGCUGGGCCUCACCAUAGGGGCGGCUGUCGCAACCCUCGCCAACUGCGAUUCGAGCGAGUCGCGGUUCAUCUUUUACGGGCCACUGGCGCUGGUGGGGUCCCUGCUGGUGGCGGUGAGCGGCGGCGCCCUCUACAUGAUGUGGCGGUACCGAGAGGACGUCGAGGAACCUCCUGAUCUCCAGCUCGGCGCCGACCGCAACCGAGCCGUCUCUGUCGUCAUCUGACAGCUGCCUGCCUGCGCACUACUUCUGCCCCUCUCAGCUACCUGGUGUUCAGCACGCAGAUAUCUCGAGGAUUCGAACGAAUGCUGUGGACAAUGUACACUAUGAUUCUUGCAGGACAGUCUGCGACCCCAUACAGUUACAACAGUGUUGUUUGUUUGCGUUCUUCACUAUAUUGCACGAUGUAUCAAAUAAGUUCACUACUUUGAAAUGAACCGUUUGGUGGUCUUUUCAUAAUGUACAAAAGGGCCAGUCGAUCCGUGUGGGCGAUUGGGACGAAUAGGAAUAGUUGACCGAAAAGUCUUCUCUUAGGAUGCAAAGAAUUUAAACAAUUUUGUUGCGUGUCAGCUGUACGCGGCUCAACUCAGUCACGAAAUUCGUAAGUUCCAUGUUGAUAUAGAAGUCCAGUGGCUCCAAGAGAUAACAUUAUAUACACUCGCCUACAAAUUAGAAAUAAAAGGUAAAGCGAAGACGUGGCGACGUGCAUGCCCUUGAGCUGCACGUUGAUGAAGGAGAUCUUUGACGACUGACAACUCCCAAUGGCUGAUUCACAGAGUGACACCCCAGAAUCGAAAUCUGUUUUGCCUGCGGCCGUGUAGCGAUCUUACCACGUGAAACUGCGUGUAUGAGCCGACACUUGUCGCUACGGUUUGGAUUCUUUAUUACCAAUGGCUUCCCAGAGUAGCUGCAUUUUCCGUAAACCGCCCCAUCCUCUCCAUUCUGUCUUGAAAUGGUCACACCUAUAAACGUCAAGUCUAUGUCAGAUACGGUAUGUUCCACUUCAUCAUACGAGAUCCUGUAGCAACCUGGUAUCACUGUCAAAAUGGAUCUACACGCCAUAAACCAAAAUAUAGCAUUAUACUAGGCAUUCAAGCACUCCGUCUUAAGGCCACAAGUGACCCAUCGGGACCAUCCGACCGCCGUGUCAUCCUCAGUGGAGGAUGCGGAUAGGAGGAGCGUGUGACCAGCACACCGCUCUCCUGGUCGUUAUGAUGGUUUCCUUGGA